ACAAUGCAUCUUAACUGGCUACAUGAUAUGGACAGAAAUGGUAUAAUAUAAUUACAGUAUAUUGCUACAUAUCAUGAACAAAAUGCUUUGCAAUAUUUACAUUUACAUUUAUUCAUUUAGCAGACACUUUUAUCCAAAGCGACUUACAAAUGAGUAAAUACAAGCAAAGCGAUAUAUCAAGCAGAGAACAAUACAAGUAGUGCUACCACCAAGUGCGCAGAGUAGAGGUGUAAGAGUAGGGUUUAUUUAUUUAUUUAUUUAUUUAUUUAUUAGGAUAAUGUAGGGAUGUCAUUUUAGGGAUUAGUUGGGUAUUGAUGGAAGAGGUGGGUUUUUAGCUGUUUGAGUAUAUAUUAAAAACCUAUUAAAAAUGGCACAUGUGAUUGUUCAGAAUUUGGUGAAUUUAAUGCUCAUAGAACAUUAAAAUUGUCAUUUGUUACAGAGCUUAUUUGCAUAUUAGAGGAAAAUAUUUCUAUUACAUGUUAUGCAGCUCGUAUACAUCUGCUUUUAGGAACAAAAUUAUGUUUUAUGCAUGAAAAUAAAGUGCAAGCUAAAUGUCACAUUAUCUUACCCGAAUAAUUCAUUGUAUAUUAGUUUGUUCAAUCCUCUCUGUCAUUUUUCGAGCAUUAAAUGCAUGUCUUGGUUGCUAGUCCUAUAUUUGCUGACCAACCUGAAUCAGGGGAAAAAGCUUUUCCUCUUAAGACACAGAAGCCCUUUGUAUAGGGGAGCUACUGUUUUUUCAUGUGAUUGGUCAGUGAUUGAUGAGGUUUUGAGGUUUUUGAUCUUUGUGCACAGAGAUGUGGGUGAGGACAAGCAACUGAAGAGACUAUUAGUGACCGCUUGGAAUCGCAGUCGGACAUCUAGACGGAGUGAGUUCCUGGGCUGUAUGAGUUUUGGUAUUCACUCCCUCAUCACUUCUGCAAAGGAGAUUAGGGGUUGGUAUUAUCUCCUGGGUGAGGAGCUGGGCAGGAACAAACAUCUGCGAGUAGCUACACGUCGCAUCAAGCAGUCUGAUGAUGCUGCUCUGACCAACCAUGCUGUUGUACCUGAUAUUAUAUCCCCAGAGGACAUGCAAUCGCUAACCGUUACCAUUCUGAGGGGAAAGGAUGGUUUCGGCUUCACUAUAUGCUCAGACUCACCUGUGCGUGUGCAGGCUGUGGACCCAGGUGGUCCAGCUCACCAGGCUGGUUUGCAGCAGUUGGACACGGUGCUUCAGCUGAAUGGCCAACCAGUAGAGCACUGGAAGUGUGUGGACCUGGCACAUGCUAUCAGAAACUGCCGGAAUGAGAUCACCGUGGUGGUCUGGAGGACAAUGCCAGUCAUGAAGCCCUACUACGAAGGCCUGAUUCACAGGCCCUCGUAUAAAACUUCUGGCUUUGACAGUCUGUCUCCCACCACAAAGACCCAAAACAAAACGCCACCCCUGCUCUCUCGACCCUCCAACCACAAAGUAAGCCGUCGUAAGAAAGGAAACAGCUCUGAGAGUGCAGGAAGUGGAACCAGGGAGCCGACGUGGUCAUGGACGGGGAAACGAGAAGAGAAUGACUACAAAACACGUACACAGACCCUCAAGGGCACCCGUGUGACAUCAUCAAAUGGCGACAAUUACAUCAUCUUGUCCCCUGUCAAUCCGGGAAACCAAAUAUUACAACCUGUUUAUCCAGAGAGCAAUGGAACACUAGGAACGCUUGGGAGAAUUUAUCAGACUCACUCCUCAAGAGGAAUUCAACAGAGCACAGCCUACCUCCAGGACACUGGAGCGGAAGCGCGAGCCACAUUACGCAGGUCCCUGAACAGCAAGACUGCCACAAUUCCACCCUUAUCAUAUAGACAGAGCUUCGCCAACUACCAGAACUGCACUCUUGUACAGUCGCAUCUUCCCCACUCCAGCUAUGGCACUUACGUCAGCCUGGCCCCCAAGAUCCUCAUCUUCCCUGUGUUUGUACAGCCACUGGACCUGUGCAGCCCGGAGAGAAUGCUGUUGUUGUCUGAAGAGAUGAUCCUUCAUGACAGCACAAACAUGGCACUUAAGGUGACAGUGUUCAUCUACACCGACCUAAUGCUGCUGACUAGAGAGGACGAACCUGGUCGAUGCAACGUGCUGCAGAGUCCUCUCUACCUCCAUCAGAUCCAGCUGCAAGACGUUCCCGCAGAUAAACUGCGCCUGUAUGUCUCAUACAGGAUAGAGAGAACUGAAUGUCUGUUCAGUUUGGAGGCCUUUUCAGCCGAGCAGAAAAGAAGAGUAUACCAAUGUCUGAGAGACAACAUCAACAAGCAGCUCACUUCUAGUCCUGAUCAGAUGCUAGAGCCAAAGGCUGGUGAUCAGGCUGAUUUAGGACUGCUGGGCUUUGGAGCACACAGUGUUUCAGAACCAGGUUCUCCAUCACAACCCACUUGCUCCCCUCUCAGUGGUCUUACCAGAGCCAGAACCAGUAUCCCCUCUGAGUGUAUGUCAUAUCCCAGUGAGUGUGUCCAACCCCCUCCUACACUGGGAGACACCUCUAAAUCUGCACACACGGACCCUGCUGCCAUCUGGAAGGAGAAGGUGAAGGAGCCAAAGCGAGGUGAACGGGAGCCAGAGUUUGAGAGGAGGGAACAGGGUGAGGGCGAGAGCGCCAGACCCACGUCUUCAUCUUCCUCCUCAUCACCUCUCAUCAUCCCUAAACUGUGCCUAGAUCGCUCCUUCAAUCCAGACGCUCUUACCUCACCAUCCACUGAUGAUGAUGAUGAAGACCUUGAGGAGGAGGAGGAAGAGGAGGAGGAAGAGGACAGCGAUGAAGGCUAUCUGAAGCGGAGGAGCCUGGUAGAGAUGUCACCUGGCAGGGGCCAGCAGAGCACGAGGCUGUGUGUGCAGCGCUCAUUGCACCGUCGCACACACAGCGAGGGCAGCCUGCUGCAGGAGCCACGCUCACCACGCUUUAUCUCUGACCAGGCCAUACACUGCAUGGAUAACAGCAGAGAGAUGCAGCAGCGCUGGACUGUCCCCUCACCCCAGACACUGAGGAAAGAGCUCACAAAGAACAGAGGAUCUGUCCAUCAGAUCUGCCUGCUCUUCACUGGUAGAAGGGUCUGUGGUGAGCCAAACUGUAAGUGUCAAAUGGGGAAGAGCGCCACGAAAAAGAAGAAAUCGAAAAAUCUUGCAAAAGAUAUGAAGAAUCGUCUGACCUUUCUUCGGAAGAAGAACAACAACAGACCCGGAAGCCAUCCAUCCAGCAAGCUUGAUAAAGUCCUCAAAUCAGACAAACCUUCUCCAGAAGAAGCUCUUAAAUGGGGAGAAUCUUUUGACCUGUUGCUCUCUCACAAAUAUGGACUUGCCGUGUUCCGCUCCUUCCUGCAGACAGAGUUCAGUGAGGAGAAUCUGGAUUUCUGGCUCGCUUGUGAGGACUACAGGAGGAUCAAAUCUCUAUCCAAGAUGGCUUCCAGAGCGAAAAAGAUAUAUGAACAGUACAUCUCCAUCCAGUCAUCUAAAGAGGUUAAUCUAGACUCUUACACCAGGGAGCAGACCAAGGAGAACAUGGAGAGCAUUGGCGCUGACUGCUUCGUCCUGGCCCAGAGCCGGAUCUUUGGACUCAUGGAGAAAGACCCAUAUCCUCGCUUCCUCCGAUCUGACAUCUACCUGGAUUUAAUCCACCACAAGCGAGUGCCACAACAAAGCUCUCUUAAAGCUGCUGAUUCUGACUGCUGAGUCUUAAUAUGUCAGUACCAUGAAGGAGAUAUACCGCAUUCCAUAUCAAAUGGAUGUCAAACUGUAAACAGUGUUUGUUGGCCAGACCCUGUGUAUAGCACUGUGUUUGUGUUUUGUGCUGAUAUAGACACAGAAUGUACCAGUAAGGUGUAUUUUGAUUCAAUGCUCCCCCCUGUUGGAUGAUGCUGGUAAAAUGAUGACACAUGGACUUGGUCUGAAAUAUUGAUCACUGUGGCUGUAUUAGCACCAUCCAGAGGGUGAAAGGCAUGUUGGGAAAUGAAGCAAAGAAGAAGCUUGGUACUGUUUUGUUACAAUCUGCCUUCACCAGUUAUAUAAAAUGAAAAGGGCACAAAUGGAUGACAAAUUAAAGGAAAAACUUGUGGCUCUGUCAUGCAGUGGGGGGUAUUUUGCUGGCUUGAUUUGGAUCUACUUGUUACUGUGGACAGUACUAAUCAAUACAAAUUUAUUCAGACUGAUCACCUUUAUGAUGAAACAUUUCUAUCCUAAUGAGAGUGGUCUCUUCCAGCAUGACCCGACCCCAUCUACAGAGCACAAGAAAAAUGUAUGUAAAUAAUAUGCUAUGGCAUAUCACACUCACCAGAUCAUAACCCAGUUGAACACCUUUUCGGAGGUUUUGGACUGAUGUGUCAGACAACACUGUCCACCAACAUCAUAAAAACACCAACUGAGACAAUAGCUUUUGGAAGAAUGGUGUUCAUCCCUCCAGUACAGUCCCAGAGAAUAUGUAGAAUUUAUGCCAUGGUGCAUUUGAACUGUUCUGGUGGCUCGUGUUUGGCUAACAUCUUACUAAGUCACUUUAUGCUGUUUGUUUUCCUUUUAAUUUGUCACCUGCCUGUACAUCAGAGAGUUUAAUCAGAAACACCGAAUGCCCUCUUACAUGAUUCCAGUGAUUAAAAUGGCUGGACUUUGCAUGUAUGAGUUUUCAGUACAUAAAAUGAGCUUUGACAGCAUAGAUUAAACCUGAGCUUAAGAAUCUGUAGGAAUUAUAACAUAAAGAAGCUGUAAAGGGAAGCAAAAGCAGUUAAAUCUGCUCCAGGAUUAACUGUGUAAUAAUAGUUCAUGCCGAUUGAUUUGUGCAUUCUAGCAGAUACCAGCAGAUUUUAAAUACCUGAUACUGACCCUUUUCCAUUUGAUAAUUACAAAAGCUGUUCAAGAGAUUUCCAAUGAGGUUGUAAUGAAAUAAUCAUCCAACCAGCCAUCCUACAUGGCUUUUUAUGCAAGAAAACGUGAAAAAAAAAAAAGUCAUGUUCCUGAUGUUUAUUAAUUUUGUCGGCAGAUCAAAUCUGUAAACAUCAAA